AUGUUCACCCGGAAGUGAAACAAGCUAUCACUGUUGAUGGAGCCGUGUAACGCGGCUGUGUGCAUAAGUUAUAUAGAAAAGAAAUUGAUACUUUGUAACGCUGCAAACAGAUUGCAGCGCAGCGGACGAUACUUCUAGAUACAGUGUCCACGAGCUGUUCCAGAGAUUCCUGAGCGAAACUGGGAGAAAAAUCGUGCAUUUAAGGCACGUCUACAAGGGCUGUUAGCCAUGUCUGCUGCUGUUGAAAUUAAGACCAAGGAGGAAAAGGAUGCUGAGCUGGACAGACGUAUUGAAGCACUUCGCAAGAAGAACGAGGCUCUAGUUCGGAGGUAUCAGGAAAUCGAGGAGGAUAAGAAAAAGGCAGAGGACGAGGGCAUUGCUGUGAGGAUUCCCAGAAGGACUCGUCCUCAUGAGCAAGACGACUGGCCAGAGAAGGACAGAAAGUCAGAGAAGGACACUUUCACUGUAACUGUAGACCUUUCCAAACCUGGAGCGCAAAACCGUGUGGUAAAUGACAGGAAAGCAGCAGCUCAGCACGGCUCAGAGACGGCCGAUGCGCCCCGGUCAGGUGUUGAAGGCCCUUCUCAAAGGCCUGGGUCAGUGUGGCACAGAGGCGGGCAGCGAGGUGGAGGUCCCCGGCUGGAGAGGAGGGAACCUCGGCCGGAGAGGAGGGAACCUCGGCCGGAGAGGAGGGAACCUCGGCCAGAGAGGAGGGAACCUCGGCAGGAGAAACACGACCUCCUCCCUGACAGACCGCAGAGAGACGACGACGAGGGGGGAGAGAGGCCUGCCCGAGGGGGUCGCACACCACGGGGGGCAAUGAGAGGGAGAGGUGGAUCAGGCUCAGACAGGAAAUCUCAGGAGUGGGAGGAGAAGAGGAGACAGAACAUUGCAAUGAUGAAUGAGGAGAUGGAGAAGAUAAAUGAAUAUGAAAGAGGUCAAAUGGUUGAAGGUGAAAAGCCCAUUAGGAACUUUCUAGAUGACCCACGUCGCUGUGGGCCAGUCCCAGACAUAGAUCGCAAGGAGGGCAGCCGCCGGCAUGUCCGCAACUGGGGUGGGCUGGAUUUUGAGAGUGUGAAGACGGGACCAGAGGUGGAGAAGGAGUGGCUGAGUCACCGGUUAGGAGGCAAAGGCUCAGUGGACAUGACUGUGUCCAUGACGGGUCGAGAGCGUGCCGAGUACCUCCGCUGGAAAAAGGAGCGGGACCAGAUUGACGAGGAGCGAAUGGCGCGUCACCGCAAUGCCACUGGUCAGUGGAAACGAGAAUGGGACGCUGAGAAGACAGACACCAUGUUCAAGGAGGACCCUGAAGGAGCUGGUGACCCUACGCCAAGACACAGCAGCAGAAGAGAUGAGAACAAAAGACCCCCAAGGGCCCCAAAGUUUGGGGAUUACUUAGGGAGCACCGGUCCAAGAGAUGGGGACCACAAGGGUAAAAUGCAGAGGAAGGGCCGAGGCCAGGACAACUAUAGUAUGCAUGAUAAUCGCUGGAAAGCAGACAAUGAGGAGGAGACAGAGCAGAAGGAGGAACUCACUAAAGGAAAAGAAAAACCUGUCAAGGAGAAGACUGAGGUGGAAGCAGCGGUGGAAAAACCAGCCCCUGAGGUGCCUCCGGAGGCAGGCGCCAGGGAGGAGGAUGAGGACGAGUGGGAGGACGCCAGCGACGGAGAUGAGGAAGGCGACGUGGAGGAUGCCCCCUCCACGCCCCCGCGUCAGCCCGCCACGUCAAGCCCCAAAGAAAAGCGCACAACGCCGGUGGUCCGCAUCCCUUCCACACAGGAUGCCCAGGCGUCUCCAGAGGGGGGUAAGCCGCUCAGCCCCUUCUUUCCCCCGGAGGGCCACCAGCCCGUCAGUGACUGGGGGGAGGAGAUGGAGAUGCUGUCCCCCCGCACCAGCAUGGAGGAAAGCCCACUCAGGCCUAGCAGCAGCUCAGAGACUAACACCAGUCAGGAGAACAAGGGCAAGGACUCGCCAGCACACACAGAGGACUCAGUCACUGUAGAGGUGGUGGAUAAAACGACUGAAGCAUCUGCAGAAUCGGCGAGCCAGCAGUCAGAUUCUUCCGAGCCACUCAGGGAAGAGCAGACUAAUGACCCAACUGCACAGACACCUGAGUCAUCAAAGGAUGCUUUACCUAACGCUGAGGAUGAGGCGUCCCCCACCACUGAGGAUGAGGCGUCCCCCACCAUUGAGGAUGAGGCGUCCCCCACCACAGAGCCACAUCAGAGCGAGGCUGAAGAAAAUGUCCCUGAUCAUCCAGCCUCAGGUUAACAUGAGUUGUUGCAAUCAGGUAUGCCAUGGCAAAGGGUAGUGGAGAACAAGAGGGUCGGGUUCAGAUGGAAGUCAGUCUUUACUGGCAACAACUGUGGACAAACAAGGAGAGAGGUGAUCUCCAUUAUUGUCAGUGACUCCUGUCCACUCCUACUGACUGCAACCACAGAGUUCUUCACAAACGUGUUUGGCAUUUCUCAUCAUAAAUGAAUUGACAGUGCUGGAUUAAGCAAUCAAUAUAAUUUGAAAUCAUGUGUUGCUAAAUGUAAAUACUGCAGUUUCUGCUCAAAGAUUAUGGCUUUAACACUGGCUGUUCUUCCUAAGCCUUGCAGAACUUUUGAAUGUGUGCUCUGUAACUCCGAAAGGAUUGAUUGAUUUUGUGAUGUACUAUGUAGUCAUGAUACAUGACAACAAUACUAUUACACCCACUGGCUCAGUGUAUUUCAAAUUUUGAAUCAUUGUUUAUGAUAUGGUGACCGCAGAUAGUGGUCCCUUUUAGGCACAGACAGAUGCUUACUGUUAGGCAUCUUAUACUUUGUACCCACAUUUUGAGUUAAAGAACAAUACAAAUAAUAAUCUUCUAUUCAUAGGGCUAAGAACAUUGUUUACCUCAAUAUGAAUAGGCUAUAUAAAUGAAAUGAUUUUGAAGUUUGGAAGAUUUUGAAAUGAGGUUUGUUCAUAAUUUUUUUUAAUGUAUGCGGUCUGCAUUCCUUUCAGUGUGCAUGUAUGUGUGUGAGGGAAAAUUUUAGUUUUCUAUUAUUUUUCUUGGCAAUCUCUUUGUUUUGAUCGCAGGCAAAAUACCUUUGAAUUUGAUCAAACUGUAUGACUCGCGUUCAUUUUUAAAUAAAAAAGGGGUACCAAUAAUGAUGAUAUUCUUUUUUACAUUGUAGCUAUUUGGAGCUUAAUGUUUUAAUUCAGGUAUACCCCUGCACACAUAUGCAUACAGAUCCAGAUGUGUGCUUUUUAUUACUAGGCCUAUAUUUUUUGAUUUACUUAGCUUUAUUUGGGAGGGCUGUACAUGCCUGUACCUUACUACCAGAUGUAAUGUUGGUAAUUGUUCUGUUUGGCUUUGGAAUUGUAAGUUAUCAUGUAAAAUAAAUCUUGCUUGCUCCUUUCAAACUA